UAACAAUCUGAAUGUUGUUCGAGAGAAUUUAUUGAGAAAUAUUGGCAUUGAAUUAUAUUGAGAAUGAAUUAUUCAAAUUACUUUCAGUUUUAUAAUGAAUUUUUGUAUCAACAACAUAAAUCGUUCCUAGAAAGAGUACAGAAAUGUGAGAUUGAAGAGAAUAAGAACAUCGAAGAACAUUGUAAACAUCAUAUUGAUGAAAACAAAGAACCAAAUCUGAUACAAGAACAAAAUGAUCAAAUAUUAAAGACACGUGAAAUGAAAUCAACAGGAACUACUUCAAAUAUAAGUUGUCCGAUAAACAAACGAAAUAAUUCAUCCACUUCUGAAUCAGAGAUUGAUUCCACGAAGAAAUCAGCCAAACAUUUGCGACGAAAAAGAGCCAGACGAUGCUUAUCCAAAAAGCUAAAUUCUGAAGAAUAUGAGACAAGCAGUACAAGUUCAGCAUAUUCUGAAACUGAAUUGAACAUUCUUGAAAGUUCAGAAAGUAACAAAAUGUCACACAAAGGAAUUAAAGGCUUUGAGGAAACAAGGGAAAACUUACAACAGAAAAAUGAAGCAUUUGAUGGAAUCGACACUGAAAAAGUUUUUGAUCGAAAUGAUAUUAGUCAUUCAAAAACAUUAAAGAUUGAAGCAAAUAGACGACUACCUGAAAACUUGAGAGGUUUAAGAAACAAUGCACAAGAUUUUAGCAAAAGUCUUUCAAAGAUUAAAGCUACUUCAGAAAAGUUUCUAUAUCGUGACAAGAGCAAAUUUCAAGUCUAUCCUACUCAACCAUUAUAUCAAUCUCAUAUUAACAGCCAACAUCUAAUUUUUGAUAAUCAAUAUCAGAAUUCACUAUUUAAUCAAUGGAACUUUUUUCAACUUUAUGAACCUCGACCAAAUUUCUUCGUUCAUCCUCAUCCAACUGGAGUUUAUAAAGAUAUUGCUGAUAAAAAUGAAAGUUUUAAUCAAAUUUAUUUAAAUCAUGAUGAAUCUCAUCGAAAUCAAAAUGAACAAAAUAUUAACCAAAAUCAUCACAAUUUGAAUGAAAGUCACAUCAAUUUAACAAAACUUUAUGCUGCAAAUGAACAAAAAAUUCACACAAAACUUUUUCAAAAUCCCACAGAAACUCAUCAAGAAUUAACUCAAGCUCUCCAUAACCUUAAUCAGUUAUAUAUAAAUUACAAUAAACCACUCAUCCAGCCACUUUCGAUUCCCAUUCAAUCUCCAUCGACUGCAAAUAUUUUCAAAUGUGACAAUUGUUCAAAAAUAUUCAAAUCCAUUGUGCGACUCGAAAAUCACAUCGAAAAGCAUCACAGUAGGAAGUUAGCACAUAAAUGCAAAUAUUGUCGGUCAUCGUUUAAAAGGAAAAGUAAAUUACUGAAUCAUCAGCAUAAAUCCCAUUCCGAAAUAUUUUCGUCUAGCAAAAAGUCGUCAGUAUUUCAUAAUGUUGAAUUGUUGGCACAAAGUGAUUGUCAUCGGAAUUAGUGGAAAUAUUUUAAUGAGUUUAACAUUGCUGCUAGCGAAAUUGUUCAUGACUAUAAUUUUUUUGCGACUAUAAGAAAUUAGAAAAUGAAAAUAUUUUUUUUUUUGGACAAAAAUACAAUUUAUCAGCUUUUAUUUGAAUUAAAUUGCUAGUUUUAAAGCAUUUAUUUUGUAGUUGGUGCCAUUUUGCAGAUGUUUAUGUUAAAGUAGGUCUUUUACUCAUCAAUUUUCACAUACAUAUGUGAUUAUUCUUUAUGACUAUGUAAUUAUGCAGCCCAAGUGUUAAGAAAAAUAUUUGUUUGCCAAAAAUUUCGCAAAAGUAUGUGAUUUUAACGGACAUUCCAAAUAAUUUUUCAGGCUGUUUUUAAUUAACAGUAAUUUUUGUUUUGUAUUGAAAUCAGCUCACAUGAUUGACACAAAAAUAUUUUUUAUUACUUUGCGAAAUUUCUUCAUCUUAAUGAUGUUUGUGGAAAGUUAAACCUCCAAAAAUGUCAUUUGAA